CCGUCCUCCUCGUCCUGGAGCUCCGUGCGCGGCCCACGGCCCGCGGCGCUCAGGCUGGCUUCCACCGCAGCGUGCAUCUGGGGCCCCAGACGCGGGGUGCGCACCUGAGGAACCAAGGGAUGUGUGAAUGGCCAAGUGUGAGAGAGGCGGGGCUGUGCCUCUCCGGGCAAGCCACUGUCCCUCUCUGGGCCGUCAUCGGCACCUUUUGGAGGAGCUCUCAACGACUCGGGGUCUCGGAAUGCAGCCCCAGGAGUGGGACUCCCCUGCCGAGGGGGGAGCCUCAGCCCGAAAGAGGGGGAGUGCCCCCGGGGCUCUCGGGAACAUCACUCGGAGAAUCCUGGGGCUCAUGUAUUUAAGAUUCCAAGAGGGGUGGGCUCCUGGCGCAUGGGCCCCUAGGAGGCUGAGGUGGACGUGCAGGGGAAGGUCCCGCCCCCAGCCCGUGCCACGCGUGGGCUCCGGGUAAGAGCUGAGCCUUGGGCCCUGGCAGCCUGGGGCGCCCCUGGAGCUGCUCAGGGGAGAAGUGAGACAGCACCGUGGGUGACCGGGGGCAGCCCUGCUGUGCCCGGCUGGCAGCAGGGAGGGGGCUUCCCUCCGAGGGUGGUGGCAGCGGUGCUGCUGGUAGGGGCGGGACCAGAGCCUGCCCGUGGCCUCCCUCUGCAAGCUCCCAGCCACUGGUGCAUCAGAGCCUGGGCCGUCACCGUCCUCCCCCCAACCCAAUAUCCCCGCUUGGGAGGCCUGGCUCACCUGUGAGGUGCCCUGCGGUGGCUGGAAGGAGCAGAGCGCACCUGCCUGCCCGGGGGUCUGGCCGUCCACGGCCCCAGCCCGGGGCCUGCUGCAUGGCGCCCGGCGACGUUGAGGCGGGCGGGCAGGAAACCCAAGCCGUGAGCCCAUCAAUCAUUCAUGGGGCUGCUCUCCAGGAAACCCUAACCCCUGCCCAGCGAGGCCGAGCGGCCAGCACACCCCUGCCAGGGCCGGACGGCAGGACCCCCUCCCCCGGGGGCCGCUCCCACCCAGGGCGGGCCCCAGGUCCCCCGAGGGACUGCAUCCUCUGACGUCAGCUUGCCGCCCGAGGCCCAGUGACCUGGCCUCUCCUGGCUCUCACAGGCCUGCUGCUCCAGCCUGUCCCACCUGUUCCUGCCUCCCAGCCUUCGUCCACCUUCCCCCCUGCCCCAGACAUCUGCCCUGGUCCCCCCCAGCCUGGCUCAGCGCCCCUGGCCCGCAGAGAGGAGAGUGACACUGCAGACGGGCGGCCUCUCCCAGCUGGACAGUGCAGAGCUGGCUGCAGGCGCUCACGGCCGCCCCCACGUCCUGGUCCCCCCUCGCUGCUGAGUUCUCCUGGUCCAGGGGACCCCGUCCCGGCCUUCCCAGGAGCAGAGCCUGGGAUUAGGGCCUGGGCUGCCCGCCUCACUUACCCUAAUCCCCCUCAGGGCCCGUGUGGGGUGCGUAAGCAGCUUUAGGGUCCCAGGAGCCAAGGAGCUCAGGGUGCUGUGUCUCCACUCCCUGUUGGCUCCUCGCAUGGCUGCAGAGCAGGUGAGGGGGCGGCAGGGCCCGGAGCCGGCCCCCAGCCCCCAGCAGCCCUCCAUGGAGACCGGGACCCCUGCCAGCCAUGCUGGGACACCCCCCUCAGCCAGGAGGAGGAGCAAGAAGGAGAGGGAACACCGGGGGUCCCGCAGGAGCACAGGCAGCUCCCAGGAGCAGCCGUCUGCGCAGGGCCCCUCGGCCCCUGGGAGCAGCAAGACCCCAGAGGGGCCGGGCGCGCCGUCCGGAGUGGCCCCUGGGCUGGGCUCUCGGCGACGGUCCCACCGGCACCGCCCCGUCCACAGCGACGCCGCUCAGAGGACCUACGGGCCCCUGCUCAACCGGGUUUUCGGGAAGGACCGUGAGCUGGGCCCGGCAGAGAUGGAUGAGCUGCAGGCCGCCUUCGAGGAGUUCGACACCGACCGGGACGGCUACAUCGGCUACCGGGAGCUGGGGGAGUGCCUGCGAACGCUGGGCUACAUGCCCACCGAGAUGGAGCUCCUGGAGGUCUCCCAGCACAUCAAGAUGCGCAUGGGCGGCCGUGUGGACUUUGAAGAGUUUGUGGAACUGAUAGGCCCGAAGCUGCGUGAGGAGACGGCACACAUGCUGGGUGUGCGGGAGCUGCGCAUCGCCUUCCGAGAGUUUGACAGAGACAGGGAUGGCCGGAUCACCGUGGCGGAGCUGCGGCAGGCGGCACCGGCCCUGCUCGGGGAGCCACUGGACAGCGCUGAGCUGCAGGAGAUGCUGCGAGAGGUGGACCUCAAUGGCGACGGCACAGUGGACUUCGACGAGUUUGUGAUGAUGCUCUUCAGCCCCUGAGACACCAGCAGCGACCACCUGUUGCCCCCCAGGCCUCAGACCCCAGCGGGACCAGGCUGCCCGGAGGCCCCAGGACGGAGGCGAGCCAGCAGCCGGCAGACUUCUGCCUGUGACGUCACCUGCCCAUCGUCACCCUCCACUUCUCCCGCGUGGGCUGCCUGGAGCACCCCUGGCCUCUGCUGCCCGCCACCCAGCGUGAGGGACGUUCCAGGGUCCCCCAGAGCUACCCUGCUCCUGGGCAAGCGGGCGCGGCGCAGGCGCCCAGUGAGUGGACAACGGCAGGUUCAGGGCCUGCGCGGCUGGCAGCAGAGUGUCUCAGAGAGCCUGGUGCGGGCCUGGGGCACGGCAUCCCAGGAACCCCGUAGGGGGGUGCCUGCUCCCUGGCGCCUCCCUGCGCGGACGCAUGGAGGUGGGAGGGGAGGGCUCUCCACUCCGUGCCAGUCCUGGCCUGAGUUCCUUGCUAUUGCAGCCAUCGGGGGAGUGAACCAGUGGAUGGAAACUUUCUCUCUGCCGUUCACAGGGAUAAAAAUAACACAAGUUUUGCAAAGAACUUUAAAAACAAAAACAAAACCAGGGUCACUGAGAAAGGGCACUCUCAACUCUGCUCACCGAACUUCUAAAAACGGAACCCUCUGUGCUCCCAGAGAGGAACUCAUGACCAGAACAACACAGUUGUGGGCAGACUGGGCGGAUGCAAAUCUGAAGGCAGCCCCACAUAGAGCCGGGGGGGGGGGGGGGCGAGAGCGAGCGAGCAAGUGAGAGGGAAGGAAGGAAGGAGGGUGCGUGGGAACCAGGCAGUGAAGACAGAGCUAGGAAUAACCCCAGGUCAAAAAUAGCCCCAGGUCAGAUGUGCAAGUCCACUGCAGAUGGACAGAAUUUUUUUUAAAGAUAGAUUUAUUUAUUUGAAAGUCAGAUUUACACAGAGAGAGAAGGAAAGACAGAGAGAAAGGUCUUCCAUCUGAUGGUUCACUCCCCAAUUGGCUGCAAUGGCUGGAGCUGCACCAAUUCAAAGCCAGGAGCCAGGAGCUUCUUCCAGGUCUCCCAUGUGGGUGCAGGGACCCAAGGACCCGGGCCAUCUUCCACUGCUUUCCCAGGCCACAGCAGAGAGCUGGAUCGGAAGUGGAGCAGCCGGGUCUUGAUCUUGUGCCCAUAUGGGAUGCUGGCACUGAAGGCGACGGCUUUACCUGCUAUGCCACAGUGCCGGCCCCCUGGACAUAAUUGUUAGAGAUAAAUGGCACUGAGAGAAAAAAGAUGGAAAUUUAUGGGUGGGAAGGAGCAGACCAGGAACAUGGGGGAGGGGCUGUGUUGGGGGGGCGGUUGCGUGAAGCCCUCCGAGGGCCCUGCACUGGAGCAAACGGGCAGCACAGGAUACACAAGCUCACGUGUUUAGGUGCACAAGCUCACGCCUCCCCGCGGGGGCCCAGGGCGCAAAACAAGGUUCUUACUGAAGACUCUCAAGAGAAACGUCUGCGCACUUAGGGGAGGCUUUUGUUUUCCUUUUGCAAGAUUGAUUUAUUGAUCUGAAAGGCAGAGUUGCAGAGAGAAGGGGACACAGAGAGACAGAGAUCUUCUACUUCACUCUCCAAAUGGCUGCCAUGGCCAGGGCUGGGCCAGGCUGAAGCCAGGAGCUUCCUCCAGGUCUCCCAUGUGAGUGCAGGGGCCCAAGCACUUGGGCCAUCUUCCACUGCUUUCCCAGGCCAUUAGCAGAGAGCUGGAUGGGAAGUGGAGCAGCCGGGACUCGCACCGGCGCCCACAUGGGAUACUGGCACCGCAGGCAGACGCUUUGCCCGCUACGCCACAGCGCUGGCCCCGGGGUUCU